AGCUUAAAAGGGAAAAUAAUAAUAUUUUAUGUUGUUCAUAUUUUAUUAAAUUUACUUUUAAAACAGAAAAAAAUAAAAAAUAAAAAAUUCCAUUAUUAUGGGUAGGCUUCUGUUCUUAUGGUUACAGCUUAGUUAUUAACAGGUACGCAACUACGCGGAUUUCACUUGCAACCUCACCCUAACACCACUUCAGUUGAUCACAGCUAAUAUUUACGUUUUUUACCCUAACGAAUACCAACUACAAAAAAAGACGGCCAAUUUAUAACCAACGGAUUUUACCUUUCCCUCUCACGAAAACCCAUAAGGCGUCUCUUUCCGCCGGAAUCGCAACCGUUUAUUCUUUCUUGGCUCAUCACCACCGUUCCGAAGUCCCAAGAAAGAAUAGAGAUGUUGUGGUAAGGAAGGUUCCAGAAAGAAAGAGAGAGAAUGCCGACGCCGGCGAACACGCAUCAAGUAUUGGAGAUCAACUUGAUCUCCGCGCAGGGCUUGAAGAUGCCUUCGUCUCCUCGGCGAAAGCUCCAAACCUACGCCGUCACGUGGAUCCACCCAGAAACGAAGCUCAGAACUCGCGUUGACAAACUCGGUGGAAACAACCCUACCUGGAACGACAAGUUCCUAUUCCGCGUGUCACCGGAGUUUCUCGCCGGUGACACCUCCGGUAUCUGCAUUGCCAUCUACGCCGUUGGAACCUUCCGCGACCACCUCGUCGGCACCUUGCGGUUCCUCAUCAGCAACAUUCUCUCCCGCGACGUCGACAUGUCGACGCCGUGCUUCAGCGCCUUCCAGCUCCGAAGGCCGUCGGGGAGGUUUCAUGGCGUGAUGAACAUUGGCGCCAUGGUGAUGGACGGGUCCGGGUUCCCCGCGUUGGAGAAGAUUUGGGCGAUAGGGUACCGAGACCUGAUGGGAGAGAAUAUACAGCAGCGGCCGAGAAAGACGGCGGAAGAUAAAUCGAAGGAAGAGGAAGUGUUUUCGAGCGAAUCUUGCGAGAAUUCUUGCACGGAGGAGGGGGAAGGAGAGUCGUCGACGGCGUCGUCUUCUUCAUCGCCGAGAACGGUGACGUUGAGGGAUUGGAACGGAGUGAGGGAAUUGACGGGAAAUAAAGGGUUGACAAUGUCGGCUUCGGGAUUCUUGUGCUGUUUGGUUAGUCAAGGGAGUGUUGACGAACAAUUCAGUCCAACCAAUACCACUCUAGAAAGGUCAACACAUCUUACAAUGUGUUACUCAAUGGACCGUGUUUGAACAUAUUUGGGACCAUAGUAUCCAUACUCCAUCUAGCAACG